GCCCAAAGUCAUAUUAAGAGUGUGUGCGUGCGUGCGUGCGUGCAUAGACUUGUAGACAGCAAGUCAAAUGUAAAUUUGCUGCUCGUCGCAUAUUAUUGAUUUUUAAGUGAAAAUUUCUUUUCUUUAUUUUCUAUUCGCCAUAACAAGUAGCAAAAAAGAAGAAAAUUCAAAUCUCGCAGACUAUUUGACAUAUGAUUGUGUUCCUAAUGUAAUUGAAAAAUAAAAUUUGACAAAACUAAGAAUUUCCAAUGGUAAAUGAGGUACAUAUAUUGAAGGCGAUCGCAAACGUUUCUGUAAAGUCUCCCAUAGAAGUCGCACUUAGUAGAGAAGUCACAAAUAUAUAGUAAGUUAAACACAACAUAUAAAUAAAUAAUGGAUCGCAAAGCUGAACUCGAAAGGAAAAAAGCCAAAUUGGUGGCUUUACGUGAAGAGAAGGAGAGACGCCGCCGGGAAAAAGAGUUGAAAGAUAUGGAAGAUGCUGCCGGACGAUUAGGUGGUUCUUUAGGCAUCGAUAAGGAUCAACGAAAAGAUCUUGAUGAGAUGCUAUCAUCGUUGGGUGUCGCCCCAGUAUCAGAGGUGCUAUCAUCUUUAUCUUCGGUUAAUUCAUUAACAUCAGAUAAUUCCAAUACGCAAACCCCAGAUGCAAGUUUACAAACGAAUAUGAAUGGACCCAGCAUUGGUAAAAAGAGUUUAAAUCUAAGUGUCUACAAUGUGCAGUCUACAAACAUUCCACCAAAAGAGAUUCUCACGUAUUCGAAGCAAACACAAACUAACAGUACAGGGGGGCAUGAACGAGAUGUUCUUUCUUGCCACUCCUCACCUUUGUCAGGAUAUAUGGAGGAUUGGUGGAGACCACGUAAAGCUCAUGCCACUGACUAUUAUGAUGAAUACAAUCUUAAUCCGGGUUUAGAGUGGGAGGAUGAAUUCACAGUACUUGCAUUUGAUGCCCAAGGAGAUGACGAAGAAAAUUCUCUGCCCCAUUUGGAUCAUGGGUUUACAUCGAAGCUACCACCGGGUUUUCUGACACAUGGUUUACCUACAGUUAAGGAUGUAGCUCCUGCUGUCACGCCAAUGGAACAGAAAAAAGAGCAUGAAGAAAAAAAAGAGAUUAAAGAGUUAUCCGAAGAUCAGAAACAAAUGAUAAUAUUGUCCGAGGACUUCCAAAAAUUUGUGUUACGGGCUGGUCGCUUCAUGGAACGAGCACUCUCCGAAAACGUAGACAUUUAUAUGGACUAUAUUGGUGGCGGUGAUAGCGAAGAGGCAAACGAUGAAAAAUCCCAUGCUCGUCUAUCUUUAAAUCGUGUGUUUUAUGAUGACCGCUGGUCAAAAAAUCGUUGUAUUACAUGUAUGGAUUGGUCUUCACAUUUUCCUGAACUAGUUAUGGCUUCCUAUCAUAAUAAUGAGGAGUGUCCCAAUGAACCAGAUGGUGUUGUUAUGGUAUGGAAUACAAAAUUUAAAAAACAAACACCUGAGGAUGUAUUUCAUUGUCAAAGUGCCGUAAUGUCGACCUGUUUCGCCAAAUUUAAUCCCAAUUUAAUAUUAGGUGGCACAUAUUCCGGUCAAGUUGUACUAUGGGAUAAUCGUGUUCAAAAACGUACUCCGAUUCAACGUACCCCACUUAGUGCAGCAGCUCAUACCCAUCCCGUAUAUUGUUUACAAAUGGUCGGUACACAGAAUGCACAUAAUGUUAUAUCAAUUUCAUCAGAUGGUAAAUUGUGCUCUUGGAGCUUGGAUAUGUUAUCGCAACCACAGGAUACUCUUCAACUGGAACAGAGCCAGAAGAAAGCAAUCGCUAUUACGUGUAUGGGUUUCCCGGCUAACGAAAUCAACAGUUUGGUAAUGGGAAGUGAAGAUGGUUACGUUUAUUCAGCUUCUCGUCAUGGGCUUCGUUCGGGCGUUAACGAGACUUUUGAAAAACAUUUGGGUCCAGUAACGGGUAUUUCUACCCACUACAAUCAAUCUUCGCCUGAUUUUGGUCAUUUGUUCCUUACCUCGUCUAUCGAUUGGACCAUAAAAUUAUGGUCGUUAAAAGAUCCAAAGCCAUUAUAUUCCUUCGAAGACAAUUCCGAUUACGUUAUGGAUGUUGCCUGGUCACCAACACAUCCCGCUCUAUUCGCCGCUGUCGAUGGUAGCGGCCGAUUAGAUUUGUGGAAUCUUAAUCAAGAUACCGAGGUACCAACAGCGUCAGCUAUUGUCGAGGGUUCACAUGCGCUGAAUCGUGUAUCUUGGAUGCCCAACGGUCAGCAUGUCACAGUCGGUGAUGAUGGCGGUAAAUUAUAUGUCUAUGAUGUGGCUGAACAUUUAGCCCAACCCUCGCGUGACGAAUGGUCUAGGUUUAGUGCCACGCUCAAUGAAUUGAGGAUGAAUCAAAGUGACGAAAUUUAAGUUAAACACUAUAUAUACACAAAACUGCAACACACUUAUAAUUCUUUUUUUUUUUUUUUUUUUUUUUUUUUGUAAGAUGUAUAAAAGACAUGAAUAUUCUUAAAUUGCAAUUUUAUUAGCUUUCUUCCCAUUAUAAUGGCAUCCGUCUAUAUCAUUCUCUUAUAUGCUUCGUGUUCGUGCGAAUAUCACGCGAACGAAUAUUUUGUAAUUUAAUAAUAAAUUAAUUAUUUAUUUCAUUGCUUC